AUGGCAAGUUUGGUUCCUGGGGUUCUUUUGAAGCUACUUCAACACAUGAAUACAGAUGUGAAGGUUGCUGGGGAGCACAGAUCAUCUCUAUUGCAAGUAGUUAGCAUUGUUCCAGCUUUAGCUGGGGGUGAACUCUUUCCAAAUCAAGGGUUUUACCUAAAGGUAUCAGAUUCCUCCCAUGCUACUUACGUAUCUCUUCCUGAUGAACAUGAUGAUCUAAUUCUUAGUGACAAGAUCCAAUUGGGUCAGUUUAUACAUGUUGAGAGGCUUGAGGCUGCCUCACCUGUACCUAUACUUAGAGGGGUUAGGCUUGUUCCGGGUCGACACCCCUGCAUUGGAACUCCUGAAGAUAUAGUUGCAACUCAUUCUCUAGGAUUCCUCAAUGGCAAUGGUAAUUCAUCUUUGGGUUCCAAAUCGGUUAACAAAACCAAGUCAUCUUCAAAGCUGUUGAUGAAUGCUGGGGCGAAAGAUGUUAAAUCUACGCCUUUGAAAUUAACUCAUAGCAUUAGAGAUGAUAAAGUCGAUAAAAAGAUGCCUGGAUUGACUCGAUCCAAGUCUCAGUUGUCAAAGCUAUCCAUCACAUUGGAUGGGAAAAAGGAUUCUGAAGGAAAAUUGAAUUCUUCAAGUUCAAGGUCUAUACCCUCGUCACCUACGAGUUGUUAUUCAUUGCCUACUUCUUUUGAGAAGUUUGCAAAUGGGAUUAAACAGCAGGGAAAGAUCAAGGGGCUGGAAAGGUUGGAAAAGUUAACUGCUAAAGUGGGGUUAGGGGAAAAGGCAAAUUCUGUUCGUGGUACAAGUUCGACCACAAAGAAGAUGCCAAGUGGGAGUGUGAUGAAGAAUAUUGUUCAAGGUCUUGAAUUGGGGCCAAAGGCUCUAAGAAAGAGUUGGGAAGGGAAUAUGGAUAUCAAGGGUAGGGAAAGUCCCAGAGUGAAGGUCAAUAAGCAUAUCCAGAAGCCAGAAGUGCGGAGUACUUCCGUACCAAGGAAAUCAACAAGUGAAAGGUUGCCAUCUAAAGAAGAGAGUAAGGUUGAGUCUUCAAAAACAUCCCGGGAAGAAAAUAAAGUUAAUGCAUCUUUAAAGAAAGCUUCUACAAAAGCAGAUUUGACGGAUACUAAUAAGUAUACUACCCAGAGAGCUUCUCCUGGGAAAAAGUCUGGAGAGUCUGCUAAUCAUGGGUUCCCAGGCAAUUUAGUAAAGGUUUCUCUCAGCAAAAGUAGAUUAACAGAUGGAACUAUUUCAUGUGCCUCACUCCCAUCAUCAGUUGUAAAGCUUGGGAAGAACAUCUUGAAGCACAGAGAUGCUGCGCAAAUGGCUGCCAUGGAAGCAAUGCAAGAGGCUUCCGCCGCAGAAAGUUUACUUCAAUGUCUAAGCACAUAUGCUGAGUUGAGCUCGUCUGCAAAAGAAGAUAACCCACAGCCCGCUGUUGAGCAGUUCUUGGUCCUGCAUGCCAGCUUGACUAAUGCUCGUGUAGUUGCUGAUUCUUUAUCGAAAGCUAUUACAUUUGACUCUUCACAAAAUGAAGAAGAUCCGUCAGAAGAAGUGUCGAAAGUCACAUUAGAUAGGUGUAAACGGGCUUCGUCUUGGGUCCAUGCUGCAUUGGCUACCAAUUUGUCAUCCUUCACACUAUAUAGCAAACCGGGCACCUCAAGCCCGGUUGCAGCAUCAACUCUGGCUCCAAGCCCGAAGACAAUUCCAAUUCAUCAACCGGUUUUAGUUCUUGAGAAAUCUACUAAAAGCACAGCGUCAAUGGCCAAACCGCGGCAGGCAGCAAACUCCAGGAAUCACUCGUCAGGAACUCCUAGUAGGGUAAAUGGUGGAUUGGCUGUUGGUCACAACACAAAAGCCUCACCUCCGAUUGAGUGGGUUAAAGGAGAUGGUCUUGAUGAGGUUGUGGACUUGGCAAAUAUGUUGAGGUUGGAGUCUGAAGAUUGGUUCUUAGGUUUCGUGGAAAGAUUCUUAGAUGCUGAUGUGGACACCUCAGCUUUAUCAGAUAAUGGUCAAAUAGCUGGCAUGUUAAGUCAGCUCAAGAGUGUGAACGACUGGUUAGAUGAAAUUGGGUCUUCGAAGGAUGAAGAAACCCCUCGUAUCUCGGCGGAAACAAUCGACAGAAUACGAAAGAAGAUUUACGAGUAUCUUCUUACUCAUGUAGAAUCUGCUGCAGCAGCUCUUGGUAGUAGCUCACAAACAUCUCCGGUAACGGUAACGGAAAGCAAAGUAAGAAAGUGA